GAACAAAGAGACGGGCAAUGGCAUUUUAAGAUCAGACCGGUCUGACCCUGAGCGAGGAUCUUCUCCCAAACACCCACCUCAGCAUUCUUGAAGCAACACAGCUUGGGACACCCUCCAAAUACCGACGCAUAAUUGGACCACCACCUGUGAGACCAUCAGCAGUUUCGAUCGAUAUUCAAACACCCACCAUGGGCGUCGUCUCGAAAGGGGUGCAGGUGGCCCUGCGCAUCUUCCAGCUCAUCUGCUCCGUCAUCGUGCUGGGCAUCCUCGCUCGCUUCGUCCACCGGGUGUCCGCGGCCGGAGGUUCGCAUGAUGGCCGAGUCAUCUACGGCCUCGUCGUCGCAUCCAUCAGCACCCUCUUUGCCCUAGUCUUCAUCGUCCCCUUGCUAUACUCAUUCCUGGUGUUCCCGUUCGACUUCGCCCUCUUCGUUAUGUGGCUGGUUCUCUUCUGCCUGCUCAUCACGCGGAGCGGUACGUCCGUGUGCAGCUCCAGCUGGUUCUGCAACUACUGGGGAUACUACUGGGGCGGCUUCUGGAGAAAUCCUUUUUUCAAUGGCAACACGAGCGCCGGAUGCGGCCACUGGCGAACGUCGCUGGCAUUUUCCUUCAUGGCGAUGGUUGCAUUCCUCGUCACUUCCAUCUUGGGAGCCUGGGUUGUGUCGAGACAUUGGACCAAGAGACGGAGGGAGCGCCGCGCCGGGACUUCAGCCACCACGGGAACGCCCACGACUUCGCAGAUUGGGGGUCACGCACCCGCUCAUGGCACGGGUGCUGGAGCUGCCCCUGGGACAGCCCACGCGACGCAAGGAACCACUCACACCGGUACAUACGUGUGAGUGCAUGGGCUUUCCAAAAGGUAUCCAUGUCCAGGUGAAGCUUGGAGACGGAGCUGUUCCGUGGAGAAUAUCUCUUCUCUCUCUUGCUCUCGUGCAGCAAGGAAGGAAUUCAAUCUUGGUUGGCUGGGUAAAGGAAGGAUAAGUGCCUUAUUGUUCUCAGAGCCGGGAUCUUAAUAGCGGACAGCGGGAGUAAUCUUACUUCUUAAUACCCAUGACUCUUUCAAUCCGGAUAGGGCCUUCUUGACCUACGCUUCAAGGAGUUCGUGUCGUAAUCCUUCGUCGAGCCGUUGGGGGAAUAAGGUAAGUGGAGCUGAGCUCGCGGCAGGCAGUUUGGAU